AUGUCUUUCGAAACCACCGGCACCAUCGCCUCCUUCGGGGGCAAGCUGCUCCAGCUCAAGCACAAGUCGUCCAGCACCAACACAGACAUGGCCCUCAACGUCUUCCUGCCGCCCCAGGCGCUCAAGUCCGGCGCCAAGGUCCCCGUGCUGUUCUACCUGUCGGGCCUGACGUGCACAGCGGCCAACUGCUCAGAGAAGGGCUUCUUCCAGCACGGCGCCAGCAAGCACGGCAUUGCCAUUGUGUAUCCUGACACAUCGCCCAGGGGUCUGAACAUCGAAGGUGAGGAUGAGUCGUACGACUUCGGGUCCGGCGCUGGCUUCUACAUCGACGCAACCAAGGAGCCAUGGAGCAAGGGCUACAACAUGUACUCCUACAUCACCAAGGAGCUGCCUGAAGCUCUGUUUUCACACUUCAAGGAGCUCGACUCGAGCAAAGUCAGCAUCACAGGUCACAGCAUGGGAGGACACGGCGCUUUGACGCUGUUCCUAAAGAACCCCGGCAAAUACAAGUCCGUCUCGGCCUUUGCGCCCAUCGCCAACCCCGUCAACGCACCGUGGGGCCAAAAGGCAUUCAAGGGAUACCUCGGCGACGACCAGGAGGAGUGGAAGAAGCACGACGCCACAGAGCUUGUCAGGCAGUGGAAAGGGCCGUUGGAGAUGCUCAUCGACGUCGGUACUGGUGACAACUUUUACAAGCAAAAACAGCUGCUGCCGGAGAACCUCGUCGAAGCAGCGAAGCAAGCGGGCAACGACAAGGGCAUCCAGCUCCGCCUGCAGCCCGACUACGACCACAGCUACUACUUCAUGGCCUCGUUUGCGGACGACCAUGUUGAUUGGGCGGCAAAGCACUUGAACGCGUAG